AUGUUUUGGUUCCGAUACGGGCAAAGAACAUCGACUUCAUCGGAAUAUUCCGAUUCUCAAAACGUGAGCGUUUCAUCUAAUAGACAUGACUAUCAUAAUGCUCAGGUGAAAAGAGCCGUAGCGCUCAUACAUGAGGAUAAGGAAUUUCUUAUUGCUGCGGAAAUCGGCAACUACAAGAUGCUUGAAAUCCUUAUCAGACAAGGUGUGGAUAUACAGCAAAUGGACCAUCUAGGGAGAAAUGCUCUCCAUUUGGCAGUGUGCGCUGACAGCAUGGAUACGAUCGUACUACUCCUCAAUGCAGGCGUCAAGACUAAUGUUAAGGAUAAUCUCGGAAUGACGCCACUGUCGCUUUCGCUUAUGAGAAGGCCGUCUUUGGAAGUGGCCCAUCUUCUUUUUGAUCAUGGUGCUAAAAUAAUACCUCGACUAAAGCCAAUGGACACGGGACUUUUCCUCCAAUUUGUCAUGAUGUGUACACCAACUGACGAAGAAACGAAGAUACUUGCACUUCUGAUAGACAAAGGCGCGCUUAUUAACGACCCAGAAGCUCCAGGUGGCCGACAAGCUCUGCACUUCGCCGCAAUGAGCGACAACUGUCCCCUUAUACAGAUCCUCAUUAACCUUGGAGCAGAUUUGUUUUUGGGUAAUCUAAGCUUACCACUUGUUAUACACUGGCAAAACGAAACAUUGGAGAAAAAAUUACUGUUCCAGAAAUCUAUGGUGUUACCACCAAUAACAUAA